AUGCCACUCAGCUCUGUGAAACUAUUCCCGAAAGUGGUGGUGGACUCGAACGUGGAUUCCGUCGUGCUGCCCGUCAUAACCAGACCACUACUGCCUGAAGACACUAAAGUGGAGUGGAAGGACGGAUCCAACAGGACGGUCCAUGUGUAUGAGAAUGGUGAAGAUCAUCCUGAAGAUCAGGACCCGUUCUACAGCAACAGAACCAUGAUGAAUGAAGACCCACUGAGAACUGGAGACCUCAGUCUGACUCUGAAACACCCAACAGAUGAAGACACUAACAUCUACACCUGCAUCAUCUCCAGCAGAGAGGGAGACAUCCCAGAGAAGAAACGAGUUCAUCUGGAGGUCAAAGUCUCACAGGUGGUGGUGGUGGACACGGACAUGGAGUCUGUCCUGCCCUGCAGAACCAGACCACUACUGCCUGGAGACACUAAAGUGGAGUGGAAGGACGAAGACAACAGGACAGUCCAUGUGUAUGAGAACGGUGAAGAUCAGCCUGAAGAUCAGGACCAGUUCUACAGCAACAGAACCAGGAUGAAUGAAGACCCACUGAGAACUGGAGACCUCAGUCUGACUCUGAAACACCCAACAGAUAAAGACAGUAACGUCUACACCUGCAUCGUCUCCAGCAGAGAGAGAUACAUCCCAAAGAAGAAACGAGUUCAUCUCUGGGUCAUAGCUGUUUUUGGUCAGUGUCAACAAGAACUUAAAGAGUUUCUGAAGGAGAAUUUCCAAAGUCUGAAUGAAGUCACUCCCAAAGCUGGAAAAAAAACCUUUCUGGAUCAAAUCUACACAGAGCUCUACAUCACAGAGGGAAGAAGUACAAAGGUCAAUGAUGAACAUGAGAUCAGACAGAUUGAAACAGCAUCCAAGAAAACCAGUGGACUAGAAACAACAAUCAGACGAGAAGACAUCUUUGAACUCCCACCUGGAAGAAAAGAUCCAAUCAGAACAGUGAUGACAAUGGGCGUGGCUGGCAUUGGCAAAACAGUCUUAAUACAGAAGUUCAUUCUGGACUGGGCUGAAGACAAAACCAACCAGGACAUCCACUUCAUAUUUCCCUUCACCUUCAGAAAGCUCAAUGCACUGAAAGGAGAAAAGUUCAGCUUGGUGGACCUUGUUCAUCACUUCUUCACUGAGACGAAAGAAAUCUGCAGCUUUGAACAGUUCAAAGUAGUCUUCAUCCUUGAUGGUCUGGAUGAGAGUCGACUUCCUCUGGACUUCCACAACAACAUGACUGUGACAGAUGUCAGAAAGUCCACCUCAGUAGAUGUUCUGCUCACAAACCUCAUCAGUGGUAAUCUGCUUCCCUCUGCUCUCCUGUGGAUAACCACGAGACCUGCAGCAGCCGGUAAGAUCCAAAGGCAGUUCAUUGAUCUGGAGACAGAGAUCAGAGGGUUCACUGACCCACAGAAGGAGGAGUACUUCAGGAAGAGAUUUGAUAAAAAUGAGGAGAAGGCCAGCAGGAUCAUCUCCCACAUCAAGACAUCACGAAGCCUCUUCAUCAUGUGCCACAUCCCAGUCUUCUGCUGGAUCACUGCUAAUGUUCUGGAGUAUGAGUUAAAGAUCAGAGACCAAGGAGAGCUGCCAAAGACCCUGACUGAGAUGUACAUCCGCUUCCUGGAGACUCAGAUCAAACAGAAACAGAUCAAGUAUGAAGGAGGACCUGAGCUAAAAACACUCUGGACUCCAGAGAACAUAGAGAAGGUUCUGCCUCUUGGAAAACUGGCUUUUGAGCAGCUUCUGAAAGGAAACCUGAUCUUCUGUGAAUCAGACCUGGAAGAGUGUGGCAUUGAUGUCCAAGAUGCUCCUCUCUAUUUAGGGUUCUUCACUGAGAUCUUUACAGAGGAGAAAGGGAUGGACAGUGACUCGGUCUAUUCCUUCGUUCAUCUGAGCAUUCAGGAGUUUCUGGCUGCAGUCUACAUGUUCCACUGCUUCACCAGCAGGAACACACAGGUGGUGGAGAACUUCAUGGGAGAAGACCAGAAUUACUCAUCUCUGGAGGACUUCCUGAAGAGAAUCAUGUAUAAAUCCCUCAGUAGUAAAAAUGGCCAACUGGACCUGUUUGCUCGCUUCCUUCAUGGCCUCUCUGUGGAGUCCAACCAGAGACUCUUAGGAGGCCUGCUGGGUCAGACAGAGAACAGUCCAGGAACCAUCCAGAGAGUCAUCACCAACCUGAAGGAGAUGAACACUGGUGGAAUCUCUCCUGACAGAAGCAUCAACAUCUUCCACUGUCUGAUGGAGAUGAAGGACCUCUCAGUUUAUCAGGAGAUCCAACAGUUCCUGAAAUCAGAGAACAGAUCAGAGGAGCUCUCAGAGAUCCAGUGCUCAGCUCUGGCCUACAUGCUGCAGAUGUCAGAGAAGGUUCUGGAUGAGUUGGACCUGGAGAAGUACAACACAUCAGAAGCAGGACGACUGAGACUGGUUCCAGCUGUGAGGAACUGCAGAAAGGCUCGACUAGUGGGCUGUAGUCUCUCACUGACUGAAUGUGAAGUUGUGGCCUCAGCUCUGAAGUCCAACCCCUCCCUGACUGACCUGGAAAUAGAUCAGAUCUAUAAUAGAGGAGGAACCUUUGGAGACUCUGAGAUGAAUCGUCUCUGUGAGAUCCUGGAGACUCCAUUCUGUAAAGUAAAGAAGCUGGGGUAA